AUGGCAUUGAUACCUUCAAAGCUCAAUAUAUCCCAAUUUAAUCUGCCUCCAAAACCAAGACAUUCAGUAGAAGAUGAGAGACUGGCACGUUCACUAAAUGCACAAAAGAACUCGGAAGGAUGGUAUUUGAUUGCACAAGGACAAAUAGUGGUACCCGCCUUGAUAAUGAGAGAAGUUCUACAAAUUAAACAUAACCAAUGUCAUUGGGGUGCAGAGGCAUUGGUAAAAUUGCUAAAGCAGAAUUUAAUUUCGGUAUGCAUGUUAACAAUGGCAAAAUCAGUCAUGUCAAAAUGUGAUAUCUGCUUGAAAAACAACCCAGUGGCUAGGCGACAGGCACAGCUAGGAAGAAUUCGGAUAGGAAUAGAGCCAGGAGACUACUGGCAGGUAGAUUUCGUAGAAUUGCCAAGAACUCGAGGAUACAAAUACCUGUUAGUAGGGGUUGACACAUUUUCCGGAUGGCCAGAAGCCCUUCCCUGUCGCACAAACCAAGCAAAGGAAACAGUUAAGUGGUUACUACAGGAAAUUAUUCCCAGGUUCGGGGUACCCCUAGGGGUAUCAUCAGAUAGGGGGCCCCAUUUCAUAGCUACAGUAGUAAAAGAAGUAAGUAGAUUGCUGGGGAUAACUUGGGACCUCCACACACCGUGGAGACUCCAGUCAAGUGGACAGGUAGAGAGGAUGAAUCAGACACUAAAAAGGCAAAUCAGUAAAAUAUGCCAAGAAGCCAAGCUGCAGUGGCCCCAGGCUUUGUCAAUAGCACUGUUGAGGAUUAGGAUAAAACCUAGGAGCGGGAUGUCAGUCAGUCCUUAUGAGAUAUUGUAUGGGAAACCAUAUGAAUCUCCUGAGCCUAACCCUAAUGUACACGUUACAGGAAAACAGGAAGUGUAUAAUUAUGUUCUGUCUCUUGGGAAAACUUUAGCUCGGCUCCGGAGCAUCCUUGUGUGGAAUAGACCAAUAACUCUCGAGAACCCAGUUCAUAACAUACUUCCAGGAGACGAGGUGUACAUUAAAAACUAGAACGAAGAACCGCUGAAAGAAAAGUGGUAUGGAUCCUAUCAGGUACUGCUGACCACCUUUACAGCAGUGAAAGUAGCCGGUGUGGACCCCUGGAUUCACUAUACCCGAGUGAAGAAAGUCCAUCCUGGAUCAUAGACUGUGUAAACUGUGGAACCAAGACUGCAGAUAAGAUGUGUUUAAUUACUUUGAGAAUGCUAUUAGUAAUUGUGCUAA